AUGGUGCAGCUCAAGUUUUCUGCUCGGUGCUUCUGCAUUCUUUCUCUUCCUCUUGUUUCCGCUUUGACUGUCCCUCAGAAGCCCAUUGCGCAUUACUCGGAAGAUUCUGUCUCUGAUCAGACUAUAAAUCUUGCUGCCGAGGAUACCGGGUUCAACAUCACAGAUUACACCACACUAGACGAGUGGAAUCCUACAGAAUGGGAUUACGAUGUUGUGAUCGUCGGAGGUGGCCCCGGUGGUCUGGCUGCAUCGAUGUCUCUCGCUCGAGUUGCCCGCACAUCCCUCCUGUAUGAUUCUCAGGAGUAUCGAAAUGAACAGACACGAUACAUGCAUGACGUCCUAGGCCAAGAUGGCCAGGUACCUUUAAAGUUUCGAACAGCUGUCCGACAGCAAAUUGACGAACUCUACCCUGAUUAUGCAUUUUGGGCCACUCGCAAGAAGAAGGUUACCGGGAUCAUUCCUCUGGAGAAAGGGUUCCGUGUAUAUGAUGACAAGGGCGGCAAAGUCACAGCCAAGCGGGUCAUCCUGGCCACUGGUAUCAAGGACGUCAUACCCAAUAAGCCCGGCUUUGCAGAGGCCUUUGGCAGAGGCGUAUUUUGGUGUCCUUGGUGCGAUGGCCAUGACUACAAGAAUCGCAAAAUGGUUGUCUAUGGCAAGCUUGCCAGCGCCAUUGGAUCUGCCCUAAAUUUCAGGAAGUUGACGACCGAUAUAACCAUCGUGACCGGGGGACCCCUUACAAAGGAGGACAAAAAUGAAGCGGAAGCACGCUGGCCAGGCUGGGAGACCGUCAUGAAGAACACUUACAAGAUCCCUAUCCGAGAAAAUGGCAUCACCAAGAUCGAACGUACCACAACCAAUAUGGAGCCUAAGGACGACGAGUACAGAGUGCACUUGGACGGCGGUAGCCCCAACCCGCUGGUCACAAAUGGAAUGCUUAUUUCAGUACCUACUGCCCAGACAUCCAGCCUUCACAAACAGCUGCGCUUGGAGAUGGAUGGAAAGUCUGUGAAGGUCAAGACAAGCAUGGAGUCAAGUGUCGGUGGUCUCUAUGUUGUCGGCGAUGCCAAUAACGAUGGCUCUACCAAUGCAUAUCAUGCGAUGUGGUCGGCGAAGCGGGCUGCUGUCAAUGCGCACGUCUCUAUGUCCAAACAAGAAUAUCUCGAGGACGUGCCUAAAAGCAUGGUAGCAGCGGCGGGAGGGGAUGAAGACUUCUAUCGGCUGCAGAUUGAAGAUCUUGAAUCCCAGAUUGGUGAUGAUGUCGAACAAACUUAUAAGGCACUCGGUGGUUGA